UCAUCCAUUACGGAGUCGAGCACCACAUCGCGCACCAGCACUACUGAGACCAGCAGUACCACGGGAUCCACCACUACAGCGUCGAGUUCCAGUUCUCGGACCAGCACUACGGGAACGAGCGGUACCACUGUGUCCACCACAUCUGUGUCGAGCUCCACGUCGCGGACUAGCACUACAGGGACGAGCAGUACCACCGUGUCCACCACCACCACAUCUGGGACGAGCAGUACCACGGUUUCCACCACCACGCAGUCGAGCACGACGUCGCGGACCAGCACUACGGAAACGAGCAGCACCACGGGGUCCACCACAACGGGGUCGAGCACCACGUCUGGAAGCAGUACGUCCGAAACGAGCAGCACUACGGCGUCCAGCACUACCACAGAGUCAUCCACUACGGAGUCGAGCUCCACAUCGCGGACCAGCACUACUGAGACCAGCAGUGCCACGGGAUCCACCACUACAGCGUCGAGUUCCAGUUCCUGGACCAGCACUACGGGAACGAGCAGUACCACUGUGUCCACCACAUCUGUGUCGAGCACAACUUCGCGGACUAGCACUACAGGGACGAGCAGUACCACAGUGUCCACCACCACGCAGUCGAGCACGACGUCGCGGACCAGCACUUCGGAAACGAGCAGCACCACGGGGUCCACCACAACGGGGUCGAGCACCACGUCCGGAAGCAGCACUUCCGAAACGAGCAGCACUACGGCGUCCAGCACCACCACAGAGUCAUCCAUUACGGAGUCGAGCUCCACAUCGCGCACCAGCAUUACUGAGACCAGCAGUGCCACGGGAUCCACCACUACA